CAUGAUUACAACACGACGAGAAAUCAAACCCCUCUCGAAGAUGAAAGCAAACGAUAAAUCAGAGUGCAGAGUGUGAAAAAAACAACACCAAAAAGCUCAUCCCAAUUUUCAUAAUUCUGAAUUCUUAAGAUAAUAAUAGUUGUAAUAAAUUAACUUCAAAAAAAAGUUCCCAUGUAUUUGGAUUGUGUCUCUCAUAGUCGUAUAUAUCAGUAAAAACCAAAUGAAAGAGACCAAACCCAAUGAACAUGGCUCCUUCUUCUUCUCCUUCUUCCUCGAAAUCCCUUCCUCCUCCUCCUCCUCCACCUCACCAAUCCCCUCCUUUCACUCCUAUUCAAGAAUGUGAAAGGGAGGAACAAGAAGAUGCUACCCCAAGUGUAAGCACGGACAAAGGGGUGACGCCAAGGCAUCUCCCAACGCCCCUUCAUGACAAAAACAUUGGAAAAGCCAAAUCCAGGAAACGUCAGGAAUCUGGGGAAAAUGUUGGUGGAGAUGAUUCAGUUUCUUGCAACAAGUGUAGGCCACACUCUAGGGAGAAGAUCUCCGUGGUUCCUUUGGACAACAAUGGAAUUAACAAGCACUCCUUUCCUAUGGCUAGUCCUAAUGGGAUUUUCAAGUCCAUUUUCCAUUCCUUAACAAGAAAGAGUCCAAAAUCAACUGAUAUGUCUACGGCCAGGGAAGAGCAGUGGAAAAUUGCUGUUGCUGAACUGUCAAGCAAGCUUAUUCAAGCUACAAGAAAUAGAGAUGAAGCAUUGCUUGAAGCUUCAAGGUUGAAAUAUUCCAUGGCUGAGCUUGAGAAGAAGCUUAACAAGCUUGAAGUUUACUGUCACAAUCUCAAGUCUGGUCUGGAUGAAUGUAACAGCAAUUCUCCUUGCGGAAUUGGUAAAGGUCAUAAUAUUCAUCAAGUGAAGAAUCAAGAUGAAGUUAUUGGAGCUAAUGAAAAAGUGAUUCAACAAUUCUUGGUCUCUGUCUCUGAAGCUAGGUCUUCAAUCAGGCUUUUAAGUAGAUCACUCACCAUGCAAUUAAGGCACAUGGGUAGCAAAGUUUGUGAGAGAAUAACUUUGCUUUUACAGCCUUAUGAUACGAAGAUUUCUUACUCUAAGAACCCCAAAAGCCUCCUUCUUCACCUAGAAGCUUUGUUGAACAAGGCUUUCUUCGAAGAUUUUGAGUCAAUUGGGUUUCAAAAGAAUGCAGUGAACCAAAUAUUGAACCCUAUUGAUCGGUGUGAAGCCAAUUACGGGUCAUUCAAUGAUUUACAAGGAUUAACAUGGGAGGAGGUUCUGAACAAGGGGACAAGGCAUUUCAGUGAGGAGUUUAGCAAGUUUUGUGACAGGAAAAUGAGUGAAAUUGUGGCUAUGUUGGGGUGGAACAGAGCUUGGCCUGAGCCAUUGUUGCAAGCCUUUUUUGGUGCAUCAAAGAGUGUGUGGUUGGUGCACCUUUUGGCCAACUCGGUGCACCCUGGGUUGCCAAUCUUCAGGGUGGAUAACGGGGCGAGGUUUGAUUCAGUAUACAUGGAGGAUAUGGGUGGAGAAAGAGCCAGAAAAUUGGUUCCAAGCAUGGUUCGGAUCAUGAUCACACCAGGGUUCUAUGUUUAUGGCAAUGUGGUCAAGUGCAAGGUUAUUUGCCGGUACUACAACAAUCUGGAUAGUAGUUUAAUUGAUAAGGGCUUAACCCCAUCUCCUUAAUUAUUGUUUAAAUUUAAUUAGGUUAAGUUAAAUGUUGAAAUCCCUUUGAUUACUUUUGCACUUUGUAAUAUUUUGGUGCUAGUUUAUAUGUGAUAAAUGGUUGUUGAUUAAGAAUGCUUUUGAGCUUUUGGAGGAUAAAUAUUUUUCCCCACGC